CUAACGGCAAUUAGACGUUAAACGUUAGAACUGAAUAUAAAAUGAUUCGAUUAAGCGCGAUGCAAAGUACUGACAAUGUAUUGAAAAUUCGAUUAGCCGUUCAUAUAUUAAUACUUAUUCACUCUGUAAUCAUGACGUCGAAGUUAUUGAAUAUUGAUUUUGAUACAUCAGAUGACCCCGUAAUUCGUCAAUAUUCGAAAUUAAAAUGGAAACUAAUAACAGCUUGGUUUAAUUUCCUAGGUACUGGAUAUUUAAUCAUAAGCAUCUACUGCAACUGGGAGGCGUUAAAAGGAAACACCAAAUCGAAACAUGUAAAAAUAUUAAACAAAAUCAAUACAUUUUCGUUUACGAGCAUUAUUUUCCCCACAACAGCCUUUGGAGACAUACUAUUCUGGCGGAUCUGGAAUCAUAAUCGUGAACUAAUGAUGCCUCUGUCAGUAGAUAAGUACAUAACAGUAUGGGACCAACACAGUAUGCACACGGUUUCUCUAAUUUUCGUCUUAUAUGAGCUAAUUUUCGUUCCUAGAGAGAGACCUAAAAGUUAUAAUUUCGAAAUCCUCGCAAUGUUUUCUUUCCUCAACAUAUAUUGUGCAUUGUGCUUUAUAAGUUUGGUAAACGGAGAAUAUGUUUAUCCUUGCCUUAAGUUUUUUUCAAAUGGCAAACUACUCAUGUUGUUGAUUUACGUAUAUAUAUCGCAUUUAUUUUAUUACAGCGGUCAGUGGCUUAUUAUCGAUUUUAUCAAUGGUAACAAAAAUGUUAAAAAUGAAAAAAAAUGUGAUAAUGUAUUCAUGAGAAUGAUAAAGUUGAAAUCUUAGAAUAGUACAUAA